AUGACCAAGAGUCCAAUGACACUUGGCAUUGCACGAAGUGAUCUUCGGCCUGUGUGCUGCUGCUCAGCCUUGGAAACCCAUUUCAUAAACUCAUGGUCGAUCAGUGACCCUACAAGUGUCAUUCCCUUACUGUAUAAGCCUCUACUACUUGUGCUUGGAGGCUACAACUCUCUUGGUCUCCCAGAAGCAAAGCCACCACUUACAUGGGUCCCAGUGGGAGUCAGCCCUCCUCCACCUCCAGCCCCGGUGGCUCCUUCUAAUGUCAUCUCAGACUCUGGGUCUGACAAGUCCGAGGAGGAGACUAGAUCUUCUAAACGCCCCUGGAAGGGCAACAGUGCCUCAGCGGGCAAGGGCAAGGCUCCUGCCAAACGCCCGAAAAUUCCUGCCCCUUCCCUGCUCUCCGUGCACCAUGCUGCUGGGGAUGAGGAUUCCCUCCAACUACCCCUCUCCAUUUUAGACGAAUGGCAGGCAGAGGGUUCUGAUAAUUCUGAGGCGUCACUUAACCUGGCCUCGUCCAGGACUCUAGACUCACGAUACGUACGUGAGUGUUUGGUGGAGGAACCCCUUCUUAAUGAACCCCAUCAUUCCGGAGGCCCCUCGGUUACCCCCCACUCUGCCUCUACAUCUACGGACCUACCGGUCGUAGACCCCUCCGGUUCUGCCCUAUUUGACCCCACCACAAUGCGCCAUCCCAGAGCCACGGAAUGGGCUCCUCCUGAGCACAUUGCGCUAUAUAUUCACAAAUGGCUGCGCAAACCGUUAUCUAAGGAGGUGCGCAAUAAGCUACGGGCUGAAUGUCCCCGUCCCUGCAUUCCCGACAAGGUGGCGCUCACUCCUGAGCUUGACCCUAAUGUGGUCGCCCUUUUGUCCGCCUCGCGCUACCCUAGAAAGGGCUUGGAACAGGGUCUUAAAUCCGCCCAGGAUAAGAUCCUGGAUCUUGUUGGCCCCAUUACCCAAAUUUUGUCUUUAGCAGACAAGGCUUAUCUCCAGGCCUCUCCCCUUGAUCCCAAGCUUGUCCGGGAAUGGGCUCUCCGGACUGUUUGCCUUCUGGGAAACGCCAACGUCGCCGUUGCCACAGAACGGCGUAAGGCGGUCCUGCUCCGUAUGGAUCCUCGGCUGGCAGAACUGGGCUCCAAAGAUUUAGGGGCAGCCGUCAACGGAAUGCUCUUUGGCGACGCCUUUGUCAAAGAGCUCAAUCGUCAUGUUUCCCUCCUGUCUUCGUGGAAUAAAGCGAAGCUCUCCAUGAGGAAGGUUUUCCAGCCAGCCCCUCGUUUUUCCUCCAGGGCUGGACGACCGCGGGGCCGGGUCGCCAGCCGUUACUCUUUCCAAGGCUCCAGAUACCCCCAGCAGCCUCAACCGUCCUACCGUGGGGCUUUCCAGCAGCGACCCUUUCCACAACGUGGAGGCAGCAGAGGCAGAGCUUCUACCGGCUUCCCCAGAGGACGCUCAGGGUUCGCUUGAUGCCCUGUCCGGGUGGUACCCCUCCGGGUUGAGAUCCUUCGUUACCUGCUGUUGAGGUUCUUUCCCAUGCGGACUCCCCUGUUCCUGUUUGGAGCCUGCCAUGGAUCCGGUCUUCUUGUUGUCGGAGGUCGUCGGCUGUUCUUCGCCUUCUUCCGACUUCUGGUUGGAGUUCCAGUUUGUGUCCGGUGUUCGUCGCCGGUGUUUGGAUGUUCUUCGUAGGUUCCGGUUCGCAGCGGUCGCAAGAGGAAGUGGAAGGACUGGCUAGGGUGUAUAUACCUUGUGGUGUAUGCCUAUUGGUUGUUUUUUCUUUGUCAAUGUUUCUUUCUUUGCUGCUAUUGGUGAGAAGUAAAGGAAGAUAUGCAAAA